AUGUGGUUUUCGCCCUUCCCUUCAACGGCUAUCGUCAUGGUCCAAAUUGCCUCGGACGAUGCGCUCGACGACAACUUUGCGGUGUUCAAGGCCACAACGGACGCUGCAUUUGAGGAGGCGGAGGUGAAGAAGACGCUGAGGAAGAUUGACAUGCGCAUCGUGCCGGUGCUGUUUGUUACCUAUUUCCUGCAGUACCUGGACAAGAACUCACUCAACUUCGCCAGCGAAUUCGGCCUCAAGACCGGUACUCACCUGGUGGGACAGGACUACUCGUGGCUGAGCUCCAUCUUCUACUUCGGCUACCUGAUCGCGCAAUUCCCGGCCUCGUACGCGCUCCAGGCGCUCCCGAUCGGCAAGUUUGUCUCCAUCGUCACGAUCAUAUGGGGCGCCAUCCUCAUGACGACGCCCGCGUGCACGUCCUUUGCUGGGAUCGCGACGAACCGCUUCUUCCUGGGCGUGACGGAGGCAACGGUCAACCCAGCAUUCGUGCUGAUCAUGAGCGUCUGGUACACGUCUGCCGAGCAACCACUGCGCCUGGAGUCGUAUUACUGCACCAACGGCCUGGCUACCAUGUUCGGCGGCCUGAUCGGCUACGCGGUGGGCCAUAUCACGACGGGCCUUCCGCAGUGGAUGUACGUCUUUAUCAUCUUUGGAGCCAUCAGCUUCGUUUGGGGCAUCGUGUCCCUGCUCAUACUCCCGGACCUCCCCUCCACGGCCAAGUUCCUGACGCCGCGCGAGAGGGCCAUCGCGGUCGAUCGGGUCAGCCGCAACAGGCAGGGUGUUAAGAAUCGUCACUUCCGGAGGUACCAGGCGGUCCAGUGCGCCAAGGACCCCAAGACGUGGGUGCUGUUCGUCAUGGCGGUCGGCGCGCAGGUGCCCAACAGCGCGCUGACGAGCUUCACGAGCAUCAUCAUCGACAGCUUCGGAUUCGACACGCUCGGCUCGCAGUACCUGCAGAUCCCGGGCGGCGCUGUGCAGUUCCUGGCGCUGCUCAUCGGUGGAUGGGUGUGCACUCGGUGGCCGCAGAGUAGGUGCAUCACCAUGAUAGUGGCCAAUACCAUCUGUAUCAUUGGCGCAGCCUUGCUCGUCGGCCUGCCCGAUUCCAACAAGUGGGGCCGACUUGUCGCACUCUGGCUGUGCUACUUCCAGGGCCUGGGAUUCAGCAUGUCCCUGACCAUGGUCUCGUCCAAUGUGGCCGGGUAUACCAAGAAGCAGCUCACCGGUGCUAUUCUGUUCACGGGGUACUGCGUUGGCAAUAUCAUCGGCCCGCAGACGUUCAUCUCUAGCGAAGCUCCUGGUUACCACAGUGCAUACAUUGCCAUGCUGGUGGGAUACGCGGUGAAGCUGGCCAUGGUGGUGGUCCUGUAUAUCUACAUGGCCAGGUCGAACAAGGCUCGCGACGCUGCCGGGCAUACUGACGGUGCGGCGGCGAUUGAGAUGGGCAUGCAUGAUCAGACGGAGUUGGACAAUCCUGGCUUCAGAUAUACUCUGUAA